CGGACCAUAGUCGUCGAGACUUGAGAGGAUGAAGCACACGUGUCUGAGACUAGAACUCUCCGGCGCCGAUCCGAUAUCCGUGAAAGGAACUUGGCAUCACUCUCGUUUUGUUAUCUUCUCAUCUGCGGCGGAGUGGAACCAAUGGGUAUCGGAGUAUCUCUAACUCGCCGAACAGUACUUAUGGUUUCAGCAGCCUGAUUCGGUCUACAGUUUCUCCGUUGUUCUUGAGGGAUGUAAACAUGUCAGCUUCACGUUUCUUGUUUCCUCUGUGCCUCCUGAUAUCUUUUUUGCUGAUUUCAUUUUAUCUAGGUAAAACUCAAAAGCUAACUAGCAAUAUUGCUGGAGCUAUAAUGUUUGGGUCUUGAUUGAAAAAAAAACAUUUCGAAUGGUGUCUGUCUCUGAUUGUGUUGGUUUCUGACUUUUAUGGAUGUUCUUGUCAUGUUCAACUGAGUAACGAAAAGGCUAAGGCUUUAUAAGAUUCUAUUUAGGGAGUGCAUUGUGCAAAUGAUGUUGUUUGAUCUAUGUUUCUUUGUCUCUUAUUGGUCUCUCAAUACUUGGUGUUUGCCAAAUACAAAAGGUUCCUCCAUGAUUAAUACUCCACAGGAAGAAGUUGUGAGCAAGACAUGAUCUUUUGACAAGAUGAAAAGUAAAGCCGAGAAAUGCAGCUUAACGCAAAGUGAUAAACUCUGUAACGAGAAAAAUGGAGUUUGAGGGUGCAACCUAUACAAAGGCAUGUCCUUCAUUGCUUAAACUAGAAUGCUUGGCUUUUUCUAGUCUCCUAAUUGUUUCUUUUGGGACAGAGAGAAGUCUUUCUUAGAAAUGAUAUUGUCUGUUUUAGCACUGAUCAUAGUUCCUUUUUAAUUGUCUAUGUACCUUCAAAGAAGGCAACAACAAGAGGCAGCAUAACCAAGAGAGCUGCCUAAGAUAUUCCCAUGCCUUGAAAAUUUAGAUUUUGAUUGAUCCAUUGAUUCUCCGAAGAGCUGAAGGACAAAUUUACCAGCACCUAGCUGGGAGGUGUGCUCAAUGAAGCAACUGAUAGAUUGAUUUUUCAGGGUAUGAUCAAUGAAGGACAUGUUCAACUCCUACACUUUGCUGAAAGCCCAUAUGAGUGUUAACGAUGGAGUGGAUGGCUUAGCUUCAGCCACACUCAACAUCAUAGUUGAAGAAACAGACUGCAUUAGGGUUUUGAGAACCGCUGAAAAGAACCUCCAGACUACUGUCUCCAACAUUGGGAAGAGAGAUCAAAGGCAUAGUUUGAACAAAAACAAGAAGAGAAUUGAGGAGCUCACUAUCGCUCUAGCCUUGCGUCCAGACACUACUGCCAACGAUGGUCAGAGAGCGCACUGGCUGAGGGAGAAAGAAGCUUGUGAAAAACGUGUAGCCAAUAUGGAGCAUAACAACUAAUCAACCCCACGUAUGCAAGAUAUCUGUUUUUUCUUUCUUUGAACAAUUUGAACAUGGAUUUCUUUUUUUUGGGUGUAAUUAACAUAUAGUUUCCUACCCUUGAGUCGGGUAUAUAUGUUUCAAAGAUUAAAGAACACAAAUGCACAUUUACUUUGUUU